UGUGUUGCUCAGGGAAGCAAGAUGGCGGCGGCGGGCGCCUCGUCGUCGGUGUCUGCGGCGGUGGUGUCCGGAGCCGCCCCGCUGGGGAAGGGGCUGGACAUCAGCCUGGCGGCUCUGCAGCGGCACGACCCUUACAUCAGCAGCAUCGUGGACGUGGCCAGCCAGGUGGCGCUCUACACCUUCGGCCACCGCGCCAACGAGUGGGAAAAAACUGAUGUGGAAGGAACAUUGUUUGUUUACAAAAGAACAGCUUCACCGAAAUACGGAUUCACCAUUAUGAACAGACUGAGCAUGGAAAAUCGGACAGAACCCAUAACUAAAGACCUGGACUUCCAACUACAAGACCCUUUCCUUCUUUAUAGAAAUGCCAGAUUGUCCAUUUAUGGAAUUUGGUUUUACGAUAAGGAAGAAUGCCAAAGAAUUGCCGAGCUCAUGAAAAAUUUAACUCAGCAAGAGCAGCUGAAAGCACAGCAGGGAACCAUCAUGGGAAUUUCCCCCGUAAGCCUGAAUUCAGGUGACAGCAAAGAAGUGGAUAUCCUGCGGAUGCUUACUAAAGCCAAAGACGAAUAUACCAAGUGCAAGACAUGUUCAGAGCCCAAACAAAUCACCAGCUCUUCUGCUAUAUACAACAAUCCUAACUUGAUCAAACCAAUUCCAGUGAAGCCCAGUGAAACUCCUCACCAAUGUGCAUCGCAGCAGACACAGAACGCGGAUCCCGAACCGCAUCAUUUGUCCCUGAUGACACUCUUUGGGAAACCAGAAAAAUCUAGCACAUGCCAGGAUGUCCCGGACUUGUCACAGAAACUUCCUCCCAGACAAGGAGUUGUCCGUUCCUUGUCCUACGAGGAGCCGGGCAGGCAUUCGCCCUCCAUUGAGAAGCAGCUUUGCCCAGCCAUUCAGAAACUCAUGGUGCGCGGUGGGGCUGAGCUGCACCCAGUCUCAGAACUCCCCGAGAGCCGACUCUGUGAGAACGGCGGGAAGGUUUUCACCGGACUCUUCCAGCCUGUGGCUCCUCAUGGCGUUGGUGCAGCGUCCCAUCUGGUCCACAACGCAGCCACCACACACAGCUUGCUGCAGCAACUGCAGGGUCAGCCAGCGCAGGUGGCUAAAAUGGAGGCCAGCAACGCAGUACCUCCAUGUCCGGCUGCACCGCUCUUCAGCCAGACUGCUCCUGCGUCCUCAGUCCCCCAGGUCAAGAGUGCAACCCAGCCACCUAUGAUGUAUUUCAAUGGUUCCCUCCCAAGUCAGACAUUGGGGUCUCCUCCAGCCCUUGGAAAGGAACAGUCCAAACUCCCUAAGCAGCCUCCUCCUCUCUCAGGAAACCCACCAGGAAGUUCUGGAGUAAUUUCCCCACAAGAGUUGCUAAAGAAACUCCAAAUAGUGCAGCAGGAGCAACAGUUACAUGUCUCAAGUCGACCAACCUUGGCAGCUAAGUUUCCUGUGGUUACUCAGAGUGGCCCCUCUCUGAAACCUUUGGAUUCCUGGAUCGAAAAGGCUUCAAACACCGAAAAGCAGCUUCCUCUUUUUCAGGUCAUUUCACCGCAGCGGAUCCCUGCGACCGUAGCUCCUUCACUCCUGAUGUCUCCAAUGGUCUUCAGCCAGUCAAACCCGGCUCCACCGAAACCAAAUGAAAGCGGCUGGCUGCCGGUUGCAAACCAAGAAGCCACUCCCAGUUCAGCAAACCUUCUCCUGCCUCUGCAAAACCCAGAACCUCCGGUUGGAAACCUAAAUCCACUGACAAAGCUGCAGCUACAGGAAACCCUACUGCAUCUAAUUCGGAAUGAUGAUAAUUUCCUAAACAUCAUCUACGACGCUUACGUUGCCAAGUCAAGAAGAGAAGACUCGAAAAAGCCUCUGUGAAGCAUAUAUAUAUAUAUAUAUAUAUAUAUAUUUUAAUCUGAAGUCUAUCCUCCACUUGCCUUUUUAAAACAAUGAGAGACAUUGGCAUCUUGCAAACCUUUAAAUGACGCUUAUUGACAAGCAGGUGACGAUUUUAAUGGACGGAAACUGAUAGUGCCUUUCUUGGAGCUGGGACUUGGCCACAAAUUUGAAAUACCUUGUGCUGUUUUUUUUUUUCUUACUUAGACUCUUAUGUCAGAUGGCAUACAUUUUGAUAUUUUGUCAUUACUGUGCUGAUCCUUUGGGUGGGUUUCCUUUCAAAUACAUGUUCUGUGGGUACUUUGCCAGGA